AUGUCAGAAACGCUCCCAAAAGUAGAGAUCGUCCAAGAAGGAGACAACAAGACCUUCGCCAAGCCCGGCGACACCAUCGCCAUCCACUACGACGGCACCUUGACCAACGGCAAGGAGUUUGAUUCGUCGAGAAAGAGAGGCAAGCCCUUUGUUUGCACAAUUGGCGUGGGCCAAGUCAUUAAAGGCUGGGACAUUGCAUUGACUGAUAACUACGGUAAAGGUGGCAUCCCCAAGAUCAGCAAGGGCACCAAGGCGUUGCUCACCAUCCCGCCUGAAAUCGGCUAUGGCAACAGGGGGUUCCCCGGUUUGAUUCCUGCCAACUCGACUUUGAUUUUCGAAGUGGAGUUGCUCACUGUCAAUGGUAAUUAA